CAAGUCGAAGACUAGGUCUUCCCGAGCUGGACUUCAGUUUCCGGUCGGUCGUAUUCAUCGCUUGUUGAAGAAAGAAAAUUACGCUGAGCGUGUUAGAGCGGCGCCUCGGAUUACCUAGCCGCCGUUAUGGAAUAUUUAGCGGCCAAAGUGUUGGAACUGGCAGGCAACGCUGCCCGUGACAACAAGACGAGUCGUAUUAUCCCUAGACAUUCACAAUUGGCGAUCAGAAACGAUGAAGAAUUAAACAAAUUGUUAAAUGGUGUCAUCAUCGCUCAAGGAGGUAUAUUACCUAAUAUUCAAGCCGUUCUCUUACCUAAAAAAACCGACAAAGUUAAAACUGCUUAAAAUUGUUUUUCUGCAACAAAAAUAAAACGGCCGUUAUCAGAGCUAUCGUUUAUACGUUAACUGAUGAAAUUGAUUAGUAUACCAAUGUUGAUUAUGAUAAAAUUGGGGAAA